AUGGACUGCGAGCCGGGUGGUACGUCGACACGCAGCUCAGACAUAUUAGAUUCAGCUAUUAGUCUCGAUAACUAUCACAUCACACAUCAUAAUGAUUCAUAUUACUAUCCAUAUACACUCGCGGAUAGAGCGGUGCUAGACAGAUGCGUGAAGCCGACUACUCACUAUCUAGCUAGAGGUGGCUCUGCAGUAGGCGGAAGCAGAGAGUAG